UCAGAACAGGGAAACCUCUGCAACUAUUCAGAUCACAAACGGUCCGGGUUAGAUAUGCAUUUCUUUCAGGCUUUAAUUAUAGAAACGUGAAGUAAGGGGGACUUCCGAGAAGACCCUACCUUCCAAAAGCUGGCCAGUGGAGGAAAGCAAUGUCAAACUGAACAAAAACAUUUGGAGAAAAGGAGACAGCAGAAGGACAGCAGCUCAGCUGUGUGGACUUGUUACUGAAGGUGGUGUGAACAGCACCGAUGCUGGAGAGCAGACUCGAAACUCUGCCUUCAUUUCUAUGGCUAAGAAGCUGCGAAUGACUUUGCACAGGACCACCGCUUUACUGUUAUUGACAUUAUAGUGGUUAUGUGGCGAUGCUAAUCGCAGGUUAGCCUUUCCCCCCAUAAACGGUGUUAACUCACGAGCGAGCGCGCGCUGCUCAUAGCCAAGAAGUCAUUUCAAGUUCACCUGGAUUUUGACUUCGGGUUCAAAAUGAAAUUCGCUCAUAUGUUGCUGAAGAACACUUCGAGGUUUAACAUACCGAAGCAAGUGGACAGAUUUUCUAAAUUCUCGCCUUCGCCACUUUCAAUGAAACAGUUCAUAGACUUCGGCUCAGCCAAUGCCUGUGAGAAGACUUCCUUCAUAUUCCUCCGUCAGGAGCUUCCAGUCAGACUGGCCAACAUCAUGAAGGAGAUCGACCUGCUCCCUGACAAGCUCAUCGGGACGCCAUCCGUGCAGCUGCUGCACACUUGGUAUACACAGAGUCUGAUGGAGCUUGUGGACUUCCUGGAAAAAGAUCCUGAAGAUAAAAAUGUUUUGGGAAAGUUCACAGAGACACUGAUCAACGUGAGGAACAGACACAAUAAUGUGGUUCCUACAAUGGCGCAGGGAGUGCUGGAGUACAAGGAGGCUUUUGGUGUGGAUCCAGUGACCAAUCAGAAUGUCCAGUAUUUCCUAGACCGCUUCUACACGAGUCGUAUCUCGACACGUAUGCUUAUGAACCAGCAUACACUGAUCUUCAGCGGGAGCACAAACCCAGCUCACCCAAAGCAUAUCGGCAGUAUCGACCCAAACUGUGAUGUAGUGGAGGUGGUAAAAGACGCGUACGAGAGCUCCAGGAUGCUUUGUGAUCAGUAUUACCUGAUGUCUCCAGAAGUGGAGAUCAAACAAGUGAAUUCUAAAAACCCCAACGAGCCUGUUAAUAUUGUCUAUGUGCCAUCUCAUCUUUAUCACAUGCUCUUUGAGCUCUUUAAGAAUGCAAUGAGAGCGACUGUAGAAACCCAUGAGAACAGCAAGUAUCUUCCACCAAUUAAAGUUAGAGUUUCUCUUGGACAUGAAGACCUGACCAUAAAGAUGUCAGACAGAGGAGGAGGCGUGCCCCUGAGGAAGAUUGAGCGUCUUUUUAGUUAUAUGUAUUCUACAGCACCCAGCCCUGUGAUUGACAAUGCUCGCAACGCACCACUGGCUGGCUUCGGUUAUGGCCUUCCCAUCUCACGCCUCUACGCCAGGUACUUCCAGGGAGACCUCCAGCUCUACUCGAUGGAGGGAUACGGCACAUCAGCCGUCAUUUACUUUAAGGCGUUAUCUUCUGAAUCUGUGGAGAGACUGCCGGUUUUCAACAAGUCGGCCUUAAGACAUUACCAGACGAGCAUCGAGGCAGAUGACUGGAGCAUCCCGAGCAGUGAACCCAAGAAACUGGGAAAGUAUGAUUACAGUGUGCCAGACGUGAGAACUGAGAGCAGGGUGAAAUGAUGGAAUAUUAUAGGAUAAAUCUUGCGGGACUAGCAAAAUAGGCUAUAUCCUUUUCAUUUAUUUUCAUUUCAGUCUCAGAAUUGUUGGCUUCAUAUUACAGCGUUAAAAGGGCAUUUGUAUUAAACUUCACCUUAUGCCUCACUUUAUUCAUGUAUUUUCAGUAUAUAAGCUAAUUUCCUUUAAAAUAUGAAUUCAGUGUAACGAACAGCUGCAUAAAGUGAAUGAAGGCUGCAUAAAGAUGUUAUUUAAAAAAUGUCUCUCUGCCCUGUUAAUAUGGGAUAUAUAUUCAUGUAGGACAAUAGUCAGAAUUAUGACUCAUGAAAAUCAUUUGUAGUGCAAACUCCGUUUAAGGUCGGUCCAAGUUUAUCCUGUGUACAUGUGUAACUCCCCCCAAAAGGAACAACAGAAAUAACAUAAUAUUUGCUAAGCAUGAGACAGGGAUAUUUCCUAGACCCGGAGGAAGCCCACUUACAAAUAUGAGUCACAGAAAAAAGUUUAAAUGUUAAACACAUUACUUUUAUUUAUUUUUUUUUUGUAAAGUCUAUGUUAACUCAGUCAGAAUCAAAGGCUCUCAAUGCCAUGAACCAGUCUUCACCUAAAUUAAUCUAAUUAGUGAAAAAAAAAUUGGACAUUCAAUUUAAUGUGUAUUUCAUCCAAUAAUCAAAGUGCUGUUAAUUGAACAGUAAGAUGCAGCUGUUGGGAACUACUGCAAAAUCUUGCAAAUUAUAAGAAUAUUUCCUUAUAUAUGUUAUGAUUAUGAAAAUCAGAAUGGUUGGCAAGUAUGCAAGCAGAAAAUAGACAAAGUAAUGCAAAUGACUGUGAGGAAAAAUGCAUGUCAUUUAUCCUGUAAUAAGAAAUGAUCGUGUUGUGUGUAGUGGUAGGCUAUAUUGUGAUUAAAAUGGUACACGUGCUUUUAGAUUUUGUUUAACACUCCAUUUUUGCUGUGUUCACAUUACAAGGUUAAAGUGGAUAAUUCCAAUUGGCUUUUGCUUGGCAGAUCCUUUUUUCCUGUUGUUGUUUCCAUAUACCUGCGAACAGGAAAUAUUUUCUACAGUCUAAUCAGCAAACAUGCACCCAAAAUCCAACUUUUUCCAGUUGGAUCCAAGUCACAUUUGGUAUGGUUUGAUCACUCAAACCGGAUUUCAUUCAGGAUUUUCCUGCUGUCCUUUCUUGACAGUCAUAUUCCUACCAGUCGUAGUGCAGCUCCCAGGUCUCACUUAACUCUAAUCCUGGCAGUAACAUCAAUAACAAACAUGACAUACACCACCUUUUCAGUUUGUAGUUGUCUGUGCCAGAUCUAUUCAAAUGGAUGAAUGGGAUAAUGUAAAACAUAAUGCACAGUAAAAUAUCCAUGUUGUAAGCUUUCUUACUAGCCAACUUUUGCCUACGCUACUCUAUGUAUACACUGUUACUAUUACAACCAAUAUUAUUAUGCAAGAAAAAGCAGCUCUAAUGAAACCAGCAGUCCAAAAUAACAAAACAGUCUAAACUUUAGUAUUCCAGUGCUUCAUCUUGGGAAAAACAUGGAUGUCAAGACCAAGUUCAUAUUUGUAUAGCUAAAUAUUGAAUUUGAUAAAAACCUAUUAAGGUGCACAAUUAGCAAUGAGAAGUGAUGUAUAAUAUUUUUUGCUUAUAAAAUUGACAUCAUGUGUCACAUGUGACUUUCCAGAGUUGACUGAAUGCUCCAUUGCACUUUUCCAUAUCUGAGGUUGGGUUUUUUCGAGUUCCAAGUACUAUGGGUUAUAGCAUAAUUUGCCCUUCUGUGCAAAUACAAAAAUUCUUUCUAGAUCAGUCGUAGGUACAUUUCUGAUACACACUCAUACAUCCAUAAUUUUCUUUUUUACAUUACACUUUACUGCUGGUUCCUCUUUUGGGCCUUUAAAAAAAAAAAAUUAUAGCUGACCAGCCUUUUGCAAACCUCCAGAGCAAAUAAUUUUUGCAAUGAAGGUUUCUGUUGCUAGUUUAUUUAUUUCAUUGCUACUGCACUGGCAUAUUGUGUCACAAAUAUGUAUUUUUCCAUGAUGUACGUUUUCCAUGCACAGGACAUUCAUUCUGAAAAUGUGCAAAUGCAUCCAGUUUUGCAUCUAGUCUUUUCACGCUAAUGACAGAUACGCAUCGCUUAGAAACAUGAAUGUAAAUCGUAGAGGUAGAGAGAUCAGAUCUGAGCUCAUCAGAGACACUUGGAAUUGAGCAAUAAAUCUUGUAAUGUGAACGUAGCCUUGCUGUGAAUGUGACUUGUGUAACUUCCAUGAGUAGUGUAUAUUGUCGUUUGGGAAGGCAUGAUGAAUGCUAUAUACAGUAUGUAUGCAAUGUAAAAACAGAUUAAGUCAGAAUAACAGUAUAUCAGUCCCACCAGGAUUUCGAGAUGUAUUCAGAGGAGCUUGCAAACGUCUUCACAAAAUCUUGAAAUCCUGUACAGACUGGUAUAUGGACAAUAUGUUUGCAUUGACCAGCACGCUGAAAAAAGCUUUUCUUUAUUUUUUUAAUGUCCUAAUGGUGAAAAAAUGAGCAGUGUUAAACAAGUCACAGAGCGGAAACAUGCCGUAUAGGGGCCUGGCCUAAUAUGAUCAAUAUUUAUAUUGGUGCUGUUUGCAGAGAAAAGAUGCAGCAACAUACAGUAAGUGUCUUUAAAUGUAGUGGCUGAUGCAUCGCAAUGUACGGUCACUGUGGCCAAACUCUGUACAUACCUUAACAUUUUAAUUUACGUGGUGUUGAAACCUGAUUCCUUUCUUUAAACAAUGGAUAACUUUCUACGUCCUUUUUACUAAACUUGUGAAUUUUAACACUGUAUCAUACGGUCCCAAUAUUGUCUUCACUUUCGUAUGGAUUUUAAUCAUAAAUAACAUGUUGUUUUUAAUUGCAUGAUCUCAGGAUAAAGAAAAUUAUGCUGUGCUUUUUAUUUCUUUGAAUUUCAAGAGUGAUGCGUAUAUGUAUCCAAAACUGGAUUAUACUGUAUAUUGUAGAAAACAUUGGGACACUAGUCAUUUCAAGGCACCUAUAGAGGCAAUAGCUGCUUUUUUUCAAAUGCUGUAAUCACUUGGUCAUGUUGGUGGGAAACAUGUUGUUUUGCUUUGUAUUUUCGUGCCACUGCACAGUUGAUUUUGUCAUGCUUCGUGUUUUUCUUUUUCUACAGAGUAGAUGCUGUCAGCAUCAGACGUUGAUUUCUUUUUGCACACUACAGUGUGUCAUUACUUUUACCUCAUCAGCUCUAUUUAUAGUCAUGUGAACGUGAAAUGGGGCAUGGACCGUCACUGUCAUAACCAAUCACCAAUAGGAUUACUUCCUGUUUUGUAAACCACUCAACCACAUUUUGCACAUGCGGUGCUUUUUUAGUUAAGUAGCAUUUUUCCACUGAAUAUUAAAUCAUACAAUAAAAAAAAUAUUAUUGUGAA